AUGGCCAAGUUUUCCAUUCUCACGGCGGUGCUGGCGCUCGCCUCCUCCGUCACCGCCCAGUGCGGCUCCGGCACCCCGGACGCCCGCGUCACCGGCUCCGGAAGCUCCUUCACGGCCACCAAGGGCUCGAGCAACGUCUACACUGGCUCCGACUACCGCGCCGCCAUCCAAGCCGCCCUCGACUCCAUCUCCUCCGGCCAGCGCGUCUCCGUUAUCGCCUCGGGCUCCAUCGGCGCCAACACCAUCACCAUCGCGAGCGGCAAGAUCUUCGAGGGCUGCGGCACCAUCAACGUUGCCACUCGCUCCGGCCGCGGCGCUAUCGAGUCUACAAACACCCAGGGCGUCCAGAUCCCCUACCUCACGAUGACGGGCAACCCGUACUUCGGACUGCGCUUCAGCGGAACAAAGGAUCUGACCCUUGGCGCAAUCACGAUGAACCUCAGCGGCGGCCUCGGCAUCCGCUUCGACCGUGACUUGGCCGCCAACUCCAACGUCAAGAUGGGCGUCAUCCGCGUCACCGGCGCCGGCAGCCACGCCGUCGAGACCUGGAACAUUGACGGCCUGACCAUCGACCAGGUCAUCGCCCGCAACGUCGGCGAGUCCGGACUGCUGCUCCAGAAGACGACCAACGCGCGCGUCGGCCUCGUCGACGGCAACAACGUCGGCGCCGGCACCGGCUACGGCACCCUGCGCUUCGCGAACAACAACGGCCAGAACCCCAACGGCAACUACAACACCAACGUCUACAUCGACAAGGUCGUCUCCCGCGGCGGCGGCCGUGGCGUCUUCUGCGUCUCGCAGUCCGGCGCUGCCGUCAUCACGUCCGUCGACCUCGCCAGCAACGGCAACAACGCCAUCCUUAUCGAGAACUGCUACAACCUCUCCAUCCGCGGCGGCACCGUCAACGGCGGCGGUGAGGUCCGUCUUGCUGCGCGCUCUGAGUUCCCCAACAACCGCGACAUCUGGAUCACCCUCAAGGUCGACGGCACCACCGUUCGCGAGUCGCCCUGUGGUGAGAACACCAACUGGACCCUCACCGGCAACGGCGCGAGGAACAUCUGCUAA